ACCGUGAGUCAACGGCGAAGCACAGGCGGAGCAACACAAAGCCGUCCCGGGCCCUGAAUAGCACAGGGAUCCGAUCAAGAGCCGUGUGAGUCCGCUUGUCGUAAGAGACAAGCGCCGACACGAAUGAGAGGACACGGACAGAGAGGAGCAUAAUAAUGUUAUAAACACGGAGAGAGGACACCGAGCCGCUGGAGAGGCAGACAGCAGUGCCUCGUCGCCUCUGUAAACUCAACUGGACACUGGACACUGGGACCUGAAUGAUCAUGACUGAACCGGGAAAGCCCGUGUGCACCGGCACUCCGCGGAAAUGGAAAUGAGUCGCGGUUUUCUGUUAGCGUUUCCUGUGCCGUGUGUUUCUUCGCUGAGUUUUUUGUAUUGUUAAAUUGUGCUUCUGGACGCCAGCGUGGCUAGCCUAGCCUCGAGUCGUUUACUGUACAGGUACACCAGCAAGAAGAGGAGCUUCUGGGACAAAGAGCGGCACUGAGGCAAAAAUGAACCGCUUCCGCAAAUGGCUAUACAAGCCAAAGCGGACUGACCCCCAGCUCCUUGCCCAGUUCUACUUUGCUGAUGAGGAGCUGAACCUGGUAGCCACAGAGCUGGACAGUCUUGAUGGGCGCAAGGACCCUCAGAGAUGCACGCUGCUGGUCAAUCAGUUCCGCUCCUGUCAGGACAAUGUGCUCAACAUCAUCAAUCAAAUCAUGGAUGAAUGUAUCCCUAACGACCGGGCCAACCGAGAUUUCAGCGUCAAAUUCCCAGAGGAAAUCCGCCAUGACAACCUAGCAGGGCAGCUGUGGUUCGGAGCUGAGUGUUUGGCUGCUGGCUCCAUCAUCAUGAAUAGGGAGAUUGAGAGUAUAGCCAUGAGGCCCCUAGCGAAAGAUUUGACACGUAGCCUGGAGGAGGUCCGCAACAUCACCAGAGACCAGGCCCUUAGGGACCUCAACUUGUAUACUGACCGCAUGAAGGAUGCAUUGCGCCAUUUUGACAGCCUUUUUGCUGAGUUUGAACUUAGUUAUGUGUCAGCCAUGGUGCCUGUGAAGUCUCCCAAAGAAUACUAUGUACAGCAGGAGGUGAUUGUCCUUUUCUGUGAGACUGUCGAGAGGGCCUUAAAGCUGGGCUAUCUCACACAAGACAUGAUCGACGACUAUGAACCUGCUCUGAUGUUUACUAUUCCCAGACUAGCUAUUGUGUGUGGCCUGGUUGUGUACUCAGAGGGACCUUUGAACUUGGACCAGAAAUCGGAGGAAAUGUCUGAACUCUUCAGGCCAUUUCGCACCUUACUGAAGAAAAUCAGAGACCUGCUGCAGACACUGAGUGAGGAGGAGCUGAUGACCCUGGAAAGAAACCUGUGCAUUUCCCAGGAUGGAGAGCUACCCAUGGGCCAGGGCUUGGCUGGGAAGGCAACACCAGCUCCCAGUCAGGAUACUCUGUCUAGUAAUGAAAGCUCCGAGGGGGACUGUAAAUGUGAGCCAGAUGACUCGACUGUGUUUGUGUGUGCGGGCCAGGAGCUGGCCCAGGUGGAGCGGGGCUGGGAGGAAAGUGAGGGCUCAGAGCCAGAACAGGGGCUGCUGUGUGAGGAGGCUGAAGAGGCAGAGCUGGCCUGCUCCAUGCAGUAUGACGAGGAGGAGCUAGAGCAGCUCAAUAUGAUGGUGCACCGUGUGGGAGACGAGAUGUCGACUCUACUGUCCCCUCCCAGUCAGGACCAGUCACCAGCUCACCAGCCUCAUAGAGAGACAGGGGGCAGUGGCUCCAGCACAAAUGCAUCCCCCCACAGGCCUCUGCCCAGCCGGAACAGGACUGCUCGUCAUUUAGAGGAGGAGGACAGAGUCUUCUUUAUGGAGGAUCUGGAUGCUGCCCUUUCCAGAGAGUGUGUUUGUGUGGCUUCAACCUCCCCUGCCCUCCCACCUGGGCCCCCACAGCACAAACCUGUACAGGUAAAAGGUCCUGUGGGGAAUGCCUGUCACUCUGUCUCAGAGCAGCCGAGCAGCCACAUUUCCCAUGGGCUUUGUGUAAAACCUCCCUCUGUCCCUGGCUCCGAGCCUCCGCCCUACACCAACGGCUGGGAGCUGGAGGGCUGUGUGCCUGAGACCGCUGAGGUUAUCGCUCACCGUAUGGGAGGCAUGAAGCUGUCUGCCACAGUCAUCUUCAACCCUCGCUCUCCCAGUUUGACAGAACUAGCUGUGGACAAGUUCCUGCCUAGACCCACUUCCUCUGACGUGAACGCCUGCGGCCCCCUGGUGGCCACUCACUGCCUCCUGAACUCCUGCGUGUGCUGUGGCAGCUGUGAUGACCAUGAAGACCCCAUGAGCUCAGACAGCUCUGGGCUGGGCCUUGGUCUUGCUCUUGGAUUGGACAAACACUGUAAAACAUCAGCAGUGACCUCUAAUGCGGUCAUCCAGUCAUCUGCUUGCAGAGUGCCUCCUCAGUCGUGCAAGCCUCACUGUAAACCUGGGAAGGUCCAACUGACUCCACAGCCUGCACGCUGCUCUGAGGGGCUCCUGGAAGAAGAGGGGCCCCUCUGUGACAAGUGCCUGCUGGUGUUGCAGGACUGUGAUGGGGGCCAGGCCAAGCAGCAGCCCAGGACUGAGUGGAAAAUUGGAGCUAGUGGAGACCAAGAAAUGGAGGAGAGAGAGACAGACAGAGGAGUGAGCAGAGAGCUCAGAAGAGACACUAAGGAGCACUGCCGGAAGAGCAGUUUUCAGCAGUCUCCCCUCAGCUCAGUGUCUGGUAGUGACUGUGAGAGUGUGUCCGUCACCUCUUGUAGUCUGUCCAGCAGUGUCUACAGUCCCAGCCCUGUGAGCAGCCUCACCCUGAGUUCCACCACUUCUGAAGACCCUGACCACCAUGACACCUCACUGACCUCACUGCCUCUACACAGCACCAAAUUGGCAGCUAGGAACAAGAUCCGCUCCCGUUUCCACAGUAGCAGCGACCUCAUCCACCGGUUGUUUGUCUGUAUAUCAGGAGUGGCUGAUCAGCUGCAGACUAACUAUGCGAGUGACCUUCGUAGCAUCCUAAAGACUCUUUUUGAAGUCAUGGCCACCAAGAGUGAAGAAGGAGAUGACGGCAAACAAAAAGGUCCAGUUCUGCGUAAUGCUGUGCUGGAGGACUGUGCUCUGUGUCAGGAGAGCGUUUCAUCAUCUGAACUGGCAGCAAAGGCCAGAGAUGGUCAGUUUGAAGACCCACCAGACUGGGUUCCAGAUGAAGCGUGUAACUCGUGCAUUGCGUGCAAAGCCCCAUUCACUGUCAUCAGAAGAAAACAUCACUGCAGAAGUUGUGGAAAGAUCUUCUGCUCUCGCUGUUCCUCCCAUUCAGCUCCUUUGCCCAGAUAUGGCCAAGUCAAGCCUGUGAGAGUGUGCACGCACUGCUAUAUGUUUCACGUAACUCCCUUCUACAGUGAUAAGGCUGGCAUCUGACCCACCAUCAGCACAAACAAGCACUGCAGCCAGGAAAUAUGCAAAGAGCAACAGGCCCUGCUCUAGAACAUGGUCUAUCACUCCUGCUGAUUCAGCAGUGAUACAGUUAAGACUGGCUUACAUAGACAGAGGAUAAGAGCAGUCACUGUUGUUUCUGAGAAGGUGGUGCAGUAACAGCCGGUGGUCUUCUGAUUUGGGAGAAGCUCAAAAUGGGAUGCGUUUGAGUCUGUAAAGCUUGUCACAUUUGUAGUUUUGGGAGCUUCCUACAUUUUUACCAGAGAUUCCAUAAAUCAUUGCUUUAAUACAAAGAAUGUAUAUUGGCAGGCCUGACAAUAACAAUUCUGCUCCCUCCUGUGUCAACAGUUGCUUUCUCAUAAUGAGAUUGGCCUUCAGAGGUCACUACUUGAGUGAGGUUUUAUUUUUAGUACAAUAUCCUUAUUCUCUGCAUUAUUGAAUGUUCUUCUGUAUUACUGAAACUGGGCAGUGGAUGCCAGCAGCAGGCGUCUCAGGAGGAUACCCCCCCCCCCCCCCCCCCCCCCCCCGGCUUUGGCCAGUGCUGUUUUAGGCAUCUGGUCCAGGGGCGCUGAGGGUGAGCUCAGAGCACAGAGGCCUUCUCAGGUGGAGUCUGCAUAGACCACACCAUACUCCAGUCCUCUUCACUAUGUGCAAUACUGCUACUACUGCACUGACUCUGCACAGGGCACGGGUCUGCUAUUCAUGUUGAGCUGAGGUUAUUUAUGUUUACACUAAAUCCUUUCUUUAAUGGUACUGGAUCUUAUUUAUAUUAUUUAUAUUGUCAUUAAUUCUUUCCUCUGCUCCCCUGUCUUAUUACGUUUCAUUAGAGACAUGUAACACACCUAAACAUCCUCCACUUCUCAGGACCACACCUGUCACCUCUCUACUACACCCAGUCAAUCCUAUUUUUAAUGAAUAAGGGUUAAGUUAAACUGUAAAACAUAUCAUGCAAUAGACGCUGUCUCAAAAUCAGUCUUAUUUUGUAAUCAAACAUACAAACUUCUAUAACAUAAUUUGUGUAUGUAAAUAAAUUGCUUUUUACUGACCUGGCUGACCUCUUUAAUGAUUCUAU